CUUGACCUCAGUGUGAAUGAGAUUGUGAGAUGAGCUUAACCUCUCUGAGGGCAACCUACCUACUUGGACUUGCAAUAUGUUCACAUGCCUUAGGAUGAGAGAGUCACUUAUACUGUCACUCACAUGCCGGGUAUAACAGACUAUCAGCCUACCUGUUGGUGACGUGGAGAUACAACAUCAUUCAUUUCCUCGGGGCUUUGAUUGCAACGAACCACCUACCUAAUAAGACACAUGGUUUGAAUCACCUCACUCCAAACAAAAUGAAUGGGCUUUUGACUGCCGUGAGCACUACCUACCGCGAAAAGGAUGCUCCGCCUCUGACGGAGGCCAGGUCGACAAAUCGAGUCAGCCCCGCCGUCAAUUCCCCAGAGGAGGCCCUGGAGGUGCUCCGGCAUGAGCCUGACUAUAGCACACUCAUCACCGUCUUGAGAUUUCUGGGGCGCGGAGUGUGCCAAAAAUCUGCCACAUUCAACAUCGCCGUACCAAGUCCUAUCGGGGCUAAACUGGUCCAAGUUCUCGCAACCGAUAUCGCGUCAAACUACUGGACUCUACUGAGAGAAGAGAGUGCGGUGGGGUCAGAGGACGAGAGCCGGGGGACGGCAAGAUCCGAUCUCCAGGCCUUGCUUCUGUGCCUCCGGAGCAUUCCUGGUGUCAACGCCGUCCUCCUCCAGCUAAGGGCCCUGACCCUAGAAGCGAAGUCCGAGAAGAAAGAAGUUAAACGUCCAGACCUCGCUGCCAACUUGAGAAUUACACUAGAACUCCUCUGUGCCCUGUUGGAUGGUCAGGAAAGCCCGUGGCAGAUCUGGUCCUCGUCAGCGGAGGCGGCAGACAGUCCAGCCAGGAGGAGGCCGCUUGCCCAAGAGUUCCUGACCCUCCUUGGCAGUGGGCGGGUUAUUUCAUGGGCUGCCGAAGCCGACGAUAUUCUCGCAAAUUCCGACAAGACAGCGAAGGAGGGCGCGUUUUGGGUCACUAACAGAGCAGAAUACUGCACAUGGCUGGCUCAGGGUGUCUGCCGGUGGAUUUCUCGCGACAGGUCAACAGACGAUGCCAAGUUAUGUGCGGAGCUGCUGGCCAGAACCUUGCGCCUAGGGAGCACUGAUAUCGUCAUCAAGCUGCUCCUUGAGACCCUCAUUCUGAGUAAGAGCUCAAACCCUGACCGUUUCCGUCUUCUUUUUGACGGCCUUCCCAAUCUCGACCAACGCAGAGUUCUCCUUGCAGUCUUGAAGUUCCUCUCAGAGACACACUUGAACAAACUGGGUCUCUGUGAAUCUCCUGAGAGUGCAGAGGUGAUAUCAGCCGCCUCUGGCAUUAUCAGUACGGUUGUAGGGCAGGAUCAAGACAAGACCAACCACCUAAUUGCUUGGCUCACCAGUUCUUCUGGGGCCGGCUUGGGCGAUGGAGUCGGUAUCCGCCGUGCCGUCCUCGCGGUUAUAUCCCGAAACAGGGACAACCUUGUGGACGUACUGGAGAAAACCGUUGCCCAGUUUGGGGAUCAGCUAUAUAUCAAACACUCCCCGAUUCUGCAGCAGGAAGUGCAUGCUCAGGUUCUACUGUUGAGCGCAGGUUAUGUCCACCGGUUGACUCCAGUCAAGCUGUCCAUGAUAACAAGGUCGAGCCCAUGGUUGAAUGCAAUAUCGAAUCGGCUUGCUGCUACCCAGCAGAGAGCACGGUUCCUCGGAAUGGUCGUUGGAGAAGCCAUCUCGGGCCUCGUCGACAAUGGUGACAAGAGGCUGGACUUCCAUAUAGAUGAGACAAACCUCGAGGAGGGGAAAUGGUAUAAGGCCCUCGCAGAGACAGCGGAUAGCGUUGGUCGAAUUGACACGCUGAGGCAGCAAGGCCACGUCGGAAGAGAAAAGUCCGUGAGACCACAGAAGCCGAGAACUGAAAGGCCACCAGUUAGGCGGCAGCCCGUGCCGCCCAAACAAGGCUUCAUCAUCGAGGAGGUCGAGGAUGACGACAGCGAAGACGAUGACUUGAUACCAUAUGCAAAACCGGAAUCCGACGCCGAGGAUUCGGACGAUGACCCGACACUGAUCAACCGUGACAAACCAAAACCGCCAGUCUACAUCAGAGACCUGAUCCGGUAUCUAAGGGACACGGAUAACUAUGACCAUCAGAAGCUGGCUCUGACAACGGCACCUACUCUGAUUCGCAGGAAAGCCAAUUAUGGGACCGAGGUCAAGGAACAUGCGGAAGAGCUGGCAACCCUGCUUGUCGGGUUACAGGACAAAUUCGACAUGGAUAACUUCUACGAACAGAGAGCCCAGGGAAUGAUCGCUCUCGUAAUCGCUCAGCCUCAGGUCAUGGGCCCGUGGUUCGCAAAAACAUUCUUCGACGGCGAUUACUCGGUGACGCAAAGAGCUUCGGUGCUCAUUGUCCUCGGCAUUGGGGCGAGAGAGUUGGCAGGCUUCGAGACGUCCGAGUACAAAGAUGCCGCCUCCUUCCCCUCAAAAGCUUUACCCGAAGCAGUCGAGCGGCUCUACAUUGGGACGUCGUCAUCAGGGGUCCAGCCUUCCUCAUCCUCCUCACUAAAGGCGCUUCCAAUCAAUGCCCUAGAGACGGUCGCGCAGUCAUUAACUACGGGAUUCCUGGCCCCUAUUGCCGCGAAUGCCGCCGACGCAGCUACGGGGCCAGAUGCACUCAAGCUCUCAACAUUUACCUCCCGCCUGCAGCAGCAAGGUGACUCUUCACGGAACACCAAAGCCAAAGGCACCCGGCGACCCCGCGUCCGCGCAAUCCCCAAUACCACCGCCCAGCUGCUCUACACCUCCUUCUUCUCCCCCUUGACGGCCCGCUUCCAAGCCGCGCUGCGCUCGCCGGCCUCCCGCACGCGCGGCAUCAUCUUCGAGCCGUACCUGCUCUCGCUCUACCUCAAGACCGCGGCCAUCGUCCUCCACGCGGCGGGUCCGAGCACGCUCGCGCUGCCGCAGAUGACGGCGGAGCUCUGGGGCGUGCUGCUGAGCACGGGCGUGCGGGCGCACUGCGUUGGCGACCUGGCCGCCACGCGGGCGGUGCUGUUCGCGCUGCUGGCGCUGCUGGACGUCAACGAGGACCGGAUGCGCGACGUGUGCCAGGACCUGAGCAGGGAGGUGGUGGAGACGCAGGAGUGGGUCGCCGCCGUGUUCGAGGGGAUCAGGGGCGGGGACGGCGCCGGGGAGGAGAGCGACGCCAAGAUGCUUGCUGCUUCCGUGCUGAUACGGCUGCGCGAGGGGAUGGAGAAGUACCGGCUGUUUAUGGUCGGAGACCUGAUUGGGUUCUAACUCGAGGCGAUGCCAAAAGCUGCCAUUAAGCCAGAGCAAACCAUUCCAAUUCCCUUGUUAUAGGGGGCGACGUGUAGGAUUGGGGGAACCUUGUUGGUAGAAGUACACGGACAAACGGAUUAGUCAAUAGGACAUGUAUUUGCACUGUCCCAUCUAUCCCACCGUCUCUCAAGAACCGCUAGCCUAGCUGAUACCCCGUGAUGAAAAGGCUGAAUCCAAAAAAGAGUUCAAAAAGGGGUCUCACGUGACUGACAGUGGCAAUGUCGGGUUAGCUCGGAUACUCGGAACUGACGGUCACCCAAAAGUGCGUCAUGUCAACUGACAAAUCAACUUGCUCAUUGAGAACACUGGACA